GAAUGAGCAGUGGCACAACUCCCAACCAGCCUACACUAUCCUCGAACGUUCUCUCAGACAGGAUCAAAUUGCCUGCCAGGCGCUGUUCAGGGCUUAAAUGCCCCACGAGCGCAAUUAUUUGGUUAAAAAAAGUGUGCGCUUUUACGUGUAGGAGCAAGCAUGACCAGAGAUUACCAGGGCGCGUAGGAUGUUGGCAAAGCUAGGAAACGUGCGGACAGACUUGUGCCACUAUCGUAUUUAAGUCGGUGACAAGAGAGGGAGGGGAGCAAGUGCUAGACAUUCUUCUAAGCAUACAGUUCUAGAUUACGGACUAAAGGGAGACACGAUAACCUUUUUGGCACCAAACAGGAAUUACGGUGGUUCCUCUGCAGACUGCUGUUUGGACUGCCUACAUUGUUCACCUUGCAAAUGAGAGCCUAGUUUUGGAAGGAUAAACUCAAACAAACUAUUUAACUUGGAGUUAUUUGAUCUUUCCUGAGGAAGUCAGACAGUGAAACAUAAUUCAAGAUGGAGAAUAUGGAAGCUGGGAAGGAGAAGAAGGGAGUGACCUGUUACCUCCUCUACUGCAUCACUACAGCCGUCAUCGGCUCCCUGCAGUUCGGAUACAACACUGGAGUCAUCAAUGCCCCUGAGCAGAAACUGAGACGGUUCUUCCAGAAUGUGUCCAUGGAUCGUUAUGGAGAACCCUUCUCCUCUGGGACUAACACCAUGGUUUGGAGCUUCGCUGUGGCCAUCUUCAGUGUGGGAGGCAUGGUUGGGUCCUUGUCUGUGGGGGUCAUGGUGGACAGGUUUGGGAGGCGGAAGUCCAUGCUCCUGGCCAAUGUGCUGGCCCUUCUGGGUGGAACUCUGAUGGGUCUGUCCAGCCUGUGUAAGUCCUUUGAGAUGGUCAUCAUUGGCAGGCUGGUCAUUGGCGUGUUCUGUGGCCUGUGUACGGGACUGACACCCAUGUAUGUGGGAGAGCUGGCCCCCACGCACCUCAGGGGGGCCUUCGGCACCCUCCACCAGCUGGGAGUGGUCAUUGGCAUACUGGUGGCACAGGUCUUUGGUCUGGAGUUUCUGCUGGGGUCAGACUCCCUGUGGCCCCUCCUGCUGUCUCUGACGGCCAUCCCUGCUGUGGUGCAGAGCAUCAUGUUGCCCUUCUGCCCAGAGAGCCCCCGUUACCUCCUCAUCAGCCUCAACCAGGAGGAGGAGGCUCGCAAAGCCCUGGUGCGUCUGCGUGGCUGUGAGGACGUAAGUGAUGACAUCCAGGAGAUGAAGGAAGAAGGGAUGAAGAUGGGCAUGGAGAAGAAGGUCACUAUUCCAGAACUCUUCCGCUCGCCAGCCUACCGUCAGCCAAUCAUCAUCGCCAUCAUCCUGCAGCUCUCCCAGCAGCUCUCUGGCAUCAACGCGGUAUUCUACUAUUCGACAGGUAUAUUUGACACUGCCGGGGUGACUCAGCCCAUCUAUGCCACUAUAGGAGCUGGGGUGGUCAACACUCUAUUCACAGUGGUGUCUCUCUUUCUGGUGGAGAGGGCAGGACGAAGGACCCUGCACCUUAUCGGAUUGGCUGGAAUGGCUGUCAGUGCUCUGCUCAUGACCAUCUCCCUCUCAUUGGUGAAGACCAACCCGUCUCUGAGCUACCUGGCCAUCGUGGCGGUGUUUGCCUUCGUGGCCAGUUUUGAGAUGGGUCCGGGUCCUAUCCCAUGGUUCAUAGUUGCUGAGUUGUUCUCCCAGGGGCCUCGGCCUGCAGCUAUGGCCGUCGCCGGCUGCUCCAACUGGACUGCCAACUUCCUGGUCGGGCUGGGCUUCCCCAAACUGGAGGAGCUGUGUGGUCCUUACGUCUUCAUCAUCUUCAUGAUCUUCCUCAUAUUCUUCAUCGUCUUCACCUACUUCAAAGUCCCGGAGACCAAGGGGCGGACCUUUGACGACAUUGCCAAAGGAUUCGCCGGCACUGCAGGAGCCCAAUCUCCUCCCCCAGAGGGUAUGGUCACCCUGCCCGUCUCCCCGACGACGGAGAAAGUUCCAAUGGUUGAGUUUCCGACGGAAGAGAAGGAGAAGAAGUGAUCGUCAGCGAAUCCGUAGACAGUGGAACAGUUAGAGAGCAGGGUUACAGGGUUAGACAAGCCCCUUGUGCAUAGAUACUGUAAUGUAGUUUAAGUUACAUUUUUUUUUCUCCAUUUGAGGUUGAAUGGGACUUUUAAAGUGCAGGACUAGAGAUAUGCACUGUUAUGGAAAGGAGCUUCCAUAUGAAAUAGCAGCUUAGUGUCGGGUGUAUGUAUAAUGUGUGUUGGGAAUAGGGUUGGGGAUGAUAAUGCAGGCAUCAUGAGAGUGCGUGUCAAAUAGGAUUUAUGUUUACUGUGUGUCAGUAUGUGUGUGUGUGUGUGUGUGUGUGUGUGUGUGUGUGUGUGUGUGUGUGUGUGUGUGUGUGUGCGCGCGCGCGCGUGUGUGUGUGUGUGUGUGUGUGUGUGCCUUCAGUCAUUUUCUUUUAAACUGCCUAAAGUAUUUAUUACUGUAAGUUAUUAAUGAUCAUUUGUAAUGAUCUUUUACCAAUGCCCAAGUAAUUUAUGACAUUUAUUUUUAGGUGACUUACCUCAUAGAGGUAAUCAUUAAUUAAUCAAUGACAAUUUUUUACGGUACUUUUUAAUGAUUGACAUUACAAUAAAAACAUUUAUAGUAUUAGCAUUUAAGAGGAUAAACAUUCCAACAACAUUCCAACAAAUCUCUCUGCCUGGUGUAUCCUAACCUAGCCUAUCUGUCUCUCUGCCUGGUGUAUCCUAACCUAGCCUUUACUUCUCUGGAGCCUGACCUUGAACUGUCACAGAGACUCAACAGCACGAUGUGUCUCUCCAUGAACUCUGCUUCAGCUAGAACACUGGCCCACCAAUGGCUCACCCAUAUCUGUGGCUUCUGUCUGCCUCAUCAGACUACAUACAGUAUACGCUUCCAAUGCCUGGCUGGCCUAUCAUAGCUAUGCUAAUGAGGCGUUCAGUAGUAAAAUGUAUUCAAAUCUCCAAAUAGUACAUCAAACAUAGAUUCUGGGUUUGGCCAGUAUGAUAGUAGAAUUAUUUGACAGCAUGAUAACAGUCUCUUCAAGACAGUUUGAUUGAGAGAAUGUGUGGAGGAACAUUGAAAAAUCUAAGAUGUACUCCAACUCAUGGGGCAGCAGGUAGCCUAGUGGUUUGAGUGUUGGGCCAGUAAUCAAAAGGUCGCUGGAUAGAAUCCCCAAGCUGACAGGGUAAAAAUCUGUCGUUCUGCUCCUGAACAAGACAGUUAAAUAAAAAAAUGUAUGUAUCAGAUAGGGGUAGAGGUAAUAUAUGGAGCAAAGCCAUUCAACCCCUUUUUAUUUUACCUCUAUUUAACCAGGCAAGUCAGUUAAGAACAAAUUCUUAUUUUCAAUGACAGCCUGGGAACAGUGGGUUAACUGCCUGUUCAGGGGCAGAACGACAGAUUUGUACCUUGUCAGCUUGGGGGUUUGAACUCGCAACCUCCCGGUCCAACGCUCUAACCACUAGGCUACACUGCCACCCCUAUGGAACAAUGACAUGCAACUAGUACUUGGAAAUUCUACAUUGACCUCAGUAUGAUGUAUAGUGGCUGCACAGUUUUUGGAGUGAGAUCUAACAAUCUAACGUGAGCUGUGUUUGCUUUUAUAUAUCAUAGAAUAGAAUUUAUCAUAGACUAGAUCUGAAUGUGAAUUUCUAGUCAUUUGAACAACCUACCAAGUGUGAAGUAUAUGAUCACAGACAAUAUAUGAUUUGUUAGGAACAUAGAUUUGUUAGGAACAUCCUGAAAAUAGUUGUUCCAACAAGGUGUCUAUGUUAAAUGAGAGUAUAUACCAACCCUGGAGUAAUAGUAUUUAUUGUGACAACAACAGUGUGUAAAAAUCAUGACAUUUCAGUGGUGUAAUACUGUAUUGUGAUUGUGGAGUCUUGUGUAGGUUUUGACCAGGUUAGUUGUUGUUAUACAUGUUUGUAAGUUAUUUCUACUAUAUUGUAGCUAGUAUUCCAUAAUGAUGGCAAAUAUCUUCUCUGUGUCUCAUACAGUAUCUACUAAUGCAUUUUGGUUGUGUUAUUACUCAUGUGAUGUUGUUACUCAUUGAUAACUGAGCACUUUUCUACCUUUUGGCCUAAAACAACAUUUGACCUAUCAUCACUUUGGCAAUCUAUCUUUUCUUCGAUGGUUGUGAAUGUGGUGUGUACAUAUACAGUAUGUUAAUAUGUGUCUGUUACAAAAUACAUUCCUGUUAUGAUAGCUUUCCUCAAAGUUUUCAUAACUCAUUUCAUCAUUUUUCUGGCACUGCUGCUUGCACUCUGCACAUACUACUGAAUGUAACUAUGGUGAUAUACUCUACCAUUCGCUGCCAUACAUAUUGUGCUAACAUGAUGUUAAUGUGUAUAUUAUGAAUGCAAUGGUUCAAUGGGCGCUCUUGUUUAGUAAUUAAUUGUCUUAGUAUGUAAAUGUUCCACUGUACAGAAGAAUUUCUUCUUCUUAAAUAAUUACAUUUCUUGGUCCAAUCCUUUUUCAUUUUAAGAACCUAGAAAGUUAAAGACUAGCCUCCCUCCUCGUCCACUGUACAAAUCCUGACGCCCCACACCCCUACAAAAUCCCCAGUGUGUAUGAGAGAGAGAGAGAGAGAGAGAGAGAGAGAGAGAGAGAGAGAGAGAGACUGUAUAAAUUAGUGUUUUUUUUUCAAGCUUUGAGCAACUAAAAUAAAAUAUGUUUUUAUUUUAAAGGGAAUCUGUGACUAUAUUUUUGAGCCAUUGAAAAAUCAGAAGAGUCUUAUAUUCUCAGUUGGGGUUUUUUCUUCCUCAAAGACAUAAAGUCACUUUCCUUGUAUCUGUGUGUGUAUAUCAACAUCACUGUAUGUAUUCUGUGUGUGUUUAUUCUAUGGUUAUUUCUGUGUUCUUCUUCUUGGUGGAAACUACAUUUCCCACAAUACAACACAAAACCUCCUCUGCCUUGUAGAAUUCACUAAUCACUGUAACAACGUAAUGACGUUUGACCUGGAAAUAAAGCCACGAGUGACCAUA